AUGAGCUCCGCUGCAAAUCCUUCUCUUCCCACUUCGAUACAACCUUUUCGUUUGCCGCAAGCUUCGCUGGAGAGGCGGGAUCCGCACAGCGAAAGCACCGGCAGCGUGUCGGUGAACUCGCCCGAGAAAAAAAAGAAAAAAAGAAGAAAGAUGUCCACAUCUGAAGCUGGCCCUUCGCAAAGUAAACAAGGAGAAGCCAGGUGGCCUCCAGAGAAUGAGGCUCGGUUCAUAUCGUUGAUGUUGGACCAAGUUAUCCUGGGGAAGUGCAUCGGGCAGAAGUUCAAACAAUGCAAUUGGAUGGAGAUCCAAGAAAAACUGAACGAUAUAUGUGGUCCUGAGUAUUAUUACGAGAUAACACAAAUGACGAGUAAACAUGAUCGAUUAAAGCAGCAUUGGCGUCGGUUCUACAAUAUGCUUAAUAAAGAUACGGGAUUCGGAUGGGAAUCUUCCACUGGGAAGAUCACAGGCGGUGGCCCAGUGGAUCACGACAGUGAUCGGUGCACUCGUCGCCGUAGAGGGACCACUUCCACCUUUGACACGGCCAUGAAUUCUAUUACUGAAGCAAGCCGCAUAAUCCAGCAGAAUGCGCGUCCAGAAAAGGAUCAAGAGAGCCUUCAACAAGCUUUGAAGGCGUUGGAGUCCUUGCCUAAUGUCCCCAUGGCGGUUCGAAAGUUAGCUUGGAGGAAGUUUCGCGAUCCGUGGAGCCUGUACACGUUUCUUGGACUGGAACUUGAAGAAAACCGGCUUGCACUUCUACAAAUGUGGAUGGAAGAUGAUGGCAAUUAG